AUGCUAAGACAAUUACAUAAAACUUCCCAUUACAAAGCUCGUUUAACUCGUUUACAUGCUUAUUAUUGUAAUGAUAAAUGCUCUUACGAUCGAACAAUAAAAUAUAUUGAGAAAUAUAUUGAGUUACUAUCGAUGAAGGAUACCACAACAACAGUAGAAACAGCUGCAGAUUUACAUAAAAAAAUUGGUUUAGUUUAUUUUAAUGAAACAGAAAAUUAUCAUUUAGCAUUAAAACAUUUUCAGAAAUCAUUAGAAUUACAUCAAUUAAAUGAUACAACUUAUAAUGGCGAAAAAUCGGCAAGUUUAAAUCAAUUAAUUGGUGCAUGUUAUGGUCGUUUAUGUGACCAUAAAACAUCAUUAAUGUAUUAUAAGCAAGCACUUCUUUUAUAUGAACAAUAUUCACCUACAAUAUCUGAUCGUCAUUCAAUGUUCAAAUGUUUAGCUAUCUUGUAUCAUGAGAACGAUCAAUUUGAAACAUCAAUUGAAUAUUAUCUAAAAUAUUUUAAACUAAACAUUAAGGACGUUUGA